AUGAAUGUUUUCGCAGCAUUACUAUUUCUAGUCUUAAGCUUAAAUAAUAACAAUCCUUCUUCUUCUUCUAAUAUCUCCUCCUCCACCUUUUUUUCCACAUCAAAUUUGUUCUUAAUUUCAGGUGAUAUUAGCGACAUUUUACCAACGAAUGGCUUUUCAUUAAUCGAUUUUAAAUAUAAUAAUAAUAAUAUUAUCGCAUACGAUUUAGGAGGAAGCGAAAAAAUACGAGCGAUUUGGGAUACUUAUUUUCCUGAGGUAUUUGGAGUAAUUUAUGUAAUUGACGGCAGUGACGAAGGUCGCCUUGAAGAAGCGGGUGAUUUACUUCGAAGUAUUAUAUCGAAUAAAGAUUUGAAAGGAAAACCUAUAUUAAUAUUAUUAAAUAAAAAGGAUCAAGAAAAUUUUAUAUUUUUGUCGGCAGAAGUAUCUCUAGCAAAUGAGCCUCUGGCAGUAUCUCAUUCUUCACAGGAAAUAUGCAGCGCCAUUCGCGGAACUGGAAAAUUCAUCGACCCAGCGAUAAAGGAUGGCUUUAACUGGUUACUCGAGAAUAUAUUCAAUGAUUAUGAAAAACUACAGUGUGAUAUAGAAAAUGCUUUAAAACUGCUGAAACAACGACACGAUGAAGAGAAAUUACGAAGGAACCACCGUCUCAAUCAAAUUGUCUCUCGGUUUGUCCAUUUCAUUUACAAUUCUCCCAUCAGUGCAUUCUUCUCUUAA